GCACCUCGCAAAAUUUCUUCAAUAAUACCUUUUCAUUUUCAUUUCCCACAUUCAGUACUCACCCAAAAAACCCUAAAACUCAUAGUCUUCACCCCAACACCACCAUCGUCUUCAUUACUCACCAUCGUCUUCACCUCGCAAAUCUCAGUCUCUCUCUCUUUUUCCUAAAAAUCAAUGUCUUCAGUUCAUCGUCUUCAGUUCAAAACAGCCUUUGCUUAACAACAACAACGACAACUUCUCAAUUUGGUGAAAAAUCGGCAAGAGGGUUCAAUUUUUUGUUUAUAGAGGACACACUGUAGACUGGGGAUUUUCAUCAUUCACUUGCCACCGGCCUUAUAAUUCUACAAUCUCGUUCGGCAACAGAAAAUAUCCAGAAGCUACAACAGCAGCUGAGAAAUUGUCAGGAAUUGCUUCUCAAGUGGAGUACCAACAGUUGAAAGUGGAGCUUUUAGCUAAACAUCCUGAGUUAGGUGGUCGACGGGGACGAUAUCCUCUUGAUCUAGCUAUUGAUCAAUAUUUGUGGUUGAAAGCAAGUAAGGGAACGGUUGAUAACCAAGGAGUGGUAGACGAGAAUGAUAAAGAAAACGAAAAUAACACAAACGUCUCAGAUCCUUGAGUGAAUAUUAUUUUAAAUGGUUCUGUUAUCUUUUUGGUUUCAUAAAUUAUUUCUUCAGUCUGGGAUAUACUUACGCUAUACACAAGUUCAGAUGACCUUGCAUUAUAGGGUAACGAAGUUAUAACUAAAGAAGAUCGCUGCAAAAAUAUGGUAGAAUCUACUACACACAGUGCUGCAAAACCUAGUUCUGUAAAUGUAGUUGAUAUCAUUGAUAUUAGUGACGAUGAAUUCGAUAUUUCGAACACAGAUAGACAAGGUAGUGGAAACAUUUCUCUUGCGACAUGUUUUGCAGGAGAGAAAGAAAAGGACUUGGACCACAAUCCUGCACAAAACAAUGAAACUUUGGAUUUUUGUGAAGAUAUCUUAUUUGAUGCUAGUGCCAAGAAGAAACGGACUUGUAAUGUCGUUAUGAGCGAGUCUGAAAGUCAUGAUGAUGAUGAUGAUGAUGAUGAUGAUGAUGAUGAUGAUGAUGAUGAUGAUGAUGAUGAUAUCAACAACUCUCUAACCACUGCUAAUUUAGAGGUUGAUAAGGUCAAUGACAUUCGAAUGCCAAGGCAACACGGUCUAAAGAGAUUAAGAAAAAUCGCAAGCAAAAAUCAGGAUGAUGAAACAUCUUUUGAUAGAGGUCAUAAGGUGAAAUAUCAACAAAGAAUUCCAACAAUUGAUGAUGAUGACACAUUAGAAGAGGAUUUGUUGUAUAGUGAGGAAGGUGAUUUGAGUGAUUUUAUUGUUGAUGAUGAUUUUGAUGUGUCUGAUUGUGAAGACAUGUCUAAUAAGGCACCAAAUGAGCUUAAGUGUGACUCGGAGUCUAAUUCGAGUGGCUCACAGGAUUUAUUACAAGAUAAUAACAAGGGUUCUUAUUCGGAAGAUGUAUCUGAUAGGAAAGGUAGCGGAGAAAAGGGAAAGAAUAUUGACUCCAAUAAUGACCAAUUCAGCGAGGAAAAUUCUGAUAAAGGUGAAGAUUUCUCGUGUGUUGUAACUCGCAAAACGAAACAGACCCGUAAUGUGGUUAUAAGUGAGUCUGAAAAUGAUGAUACCGACGAUGAUCAGCCAAUUGGUAAACUUCUGAGGAAAAAUGUUAAGGAAAUAAGUGUUGACGAGUUAACAAAUAUUGUUGAUAAUGGUGAUGAUGAUGCUAAUGAUGGUGGUGAUGAUGAUGAUGAUGAUAUGCCAAUUAGUCAAGUUAUGAGGAUGGAAAAAGCGAGUAGGUGCGGUUCAAAGCGUCUAAGAAAAUGUUUAAUCAAAAGUCGUGAUGCUAAACCAUCUUCGAGUAUUCCAACAAAUGGUGAUGCUCAUGAUGAUGAUGAUGAUGAAUCAAUAGAGGACUUAUCACUGAGUGAGGGAGGAAACUUGAAUGGUUUUAUUGUUGAUGAAUCUGAUUUUGAUGCAUCUAAUUGUGAAGUAACCUCUAGCAAAUCACAAGAUGGAUGUAAUGGUGAUGUUUACUCUGAUUCGGAUAACUCACAAGAUUUACCAGAUUGUAGCAAGGAUUCCGAUUCACGUGAUGCAUCUGAUGAGGACAUGAACUUUGGUAAGAUAUUAUCCAAAAUUCAGAGGAAAAAAAAGCACGAAAUUAAAUGGGAAUUCGAGGCUGACAUGCUUGCAGAACUUGGAAAGGAUCCGGUGUUAUGUAUGAAGGCUGUCUGCACUCUUUAUCGACAGCAAACUGAUGAUGAACAGGUGAUAAAGGGAACAGUGCACCGCAACGGUCGUGGAUUUAACUUUCAUGAUGCUGACAGAGGCAGUUAUUUGGCUGAUUUCCUGACUGACGGCAGUCCUUAUGACGACAUAAAGAAGACCGUGGAGGAGUUGGAAAAUUUCGAUCCAGAAGGAGUUGAAGAUUGCAGAUCACUUGCUCUUCGCUACUCAAAACAACUAUAUGAGAUUUUCAAGAACAAAGAGGAUCCACUUUUCCCUUAACUCUCACAUCAACAGGUUUCUAAUCAAAAUGUUGAGAAAUGGAAUCAUGUGUUUAUCAGUUUUAGCAAGCAUUAGCAUGAUAGAAAUGUAAUCAUGAACACAUUUUGCUUGAUAUAUGCAUGUGUAUUUUGAAA